AUGGAUCCGCUCGUGUUCCGGCUGCGGCUGCUGGAGCUCGCCACGGAGUACGAGAGGCUGCACGCGGCCGGACGCGAGAGCCCGCCCGCGGUCAUCCAGGAGCCCCCCAAGACGGCCCUCCGGCAGAUCAGCUCGGGCUCGGACGUCCUUGCCAGGGCCGCGCCUGGCCGCGAGAGACCUGCGCGGGUGUUGGUGCUGGAUCCCACCUUCGCGAGCGAGGCGACCUGCGCAAGCGACGACGCCGACCAGGCCGCGCCCGGCGAGCCCCCGGAGCCCGACCGAGCGGCUGGCCGGGCAGGGCGGCGCCUCUCCCUCGAGGAGCGCCUCUCGGACGACAGCGCCCAGCAGCUCGGCAGGGCCGCGCCCCACCAGAAGCGGCGCCUCUCGCUCGAGGAGCGCCCCUCGGACGACAGCUCCCAGCCGGCCGGCAGGGCCGGGCCCCAUCAGCAGCGGCGCACGGGCUCCAUCGAGAGCGACACCUCGACCGCCAGGGCGGCGGCGAACCCCUACGGCAGCGAGAUCUCCGCGGGCUCGGCCGGGGAGGCGCUGACCAGGCGCCAGAAGAGAACCGUGACGUGGGAGAGCCUGGGAUACAAGAGCUCAGGCCGUGGCUCGGGCCGCCACUCCUCGGUGAUCGAGGGCAGCGCCGAGACGGACGCUACCCUCGCAACGAUGGCGACCGCGAGGGGGCGGGCGCAGUUCGACAUGGCCGUGAAGAAGUCGCUCAGCGACAUGGGCGUGAAGAUGUCGCUCAGCAGAGUCUCCUCGGGCGAUCUGUCUGGUGAGAACAGCCGUCAGACUGUGGAUGGGAGGCCUCUUGCAUGGUUCGUGCAAAGCUGCGGCUUCUCGGUGGCAUUCGCCAUGCUGAUCGUCAUGAGCGCGAUGUUGAUCGGUAUCGAGACCCAGCUGCUUUCCAGCCUGUCCUACCAGCGGGCCGCCUCGGAGCAGGUGUUGACUGCCCUGUCUGUGGCGAAUUACGUGCUCACCUUCCUGUUCACGCUGGAGAUGGCGGCGCGACUGUACGUGUUUCGAUCCGACUUCUUUGUCCGGGAGAGAGUUUGGAACUGUUUCGACCUAGUCAUCUUGGUCCUGGCCCUCGUCGAGGUCUCUCUGGAGCUAGGCCAUCUUGCGCCGUCCCGGAGGGGCAUCUGGGGCAGUUCUGGCCGCCCCGGCUGCCUUCAAUUGGCCGCCUCGGGGGCCUCGAUGGGGGCCAGCACCGGAGAGCUGAAGCCCCUGCGGAUGCUGGUGCACUCGAUCCUGUUCGCCGGCAGGUCCGUGUUCUGGGCACUCACGCUGCUCUUCAUGAUCAUCUUCUCCUUCGGGGUCAUCCUGACGCAGGCUGCGACGGAGCACACUGAGGGUGGCCUGCGAGUCGAUGACGAGGAUCUGGUCUCGUACUUCGGGGACCUGAAUCGAUCCAUGAUACACCUGUGGAUGGCCGUCUCCGGGGACUUGGACCUCACCAUCGACGCUCAGCUCAUGGAGAAGCAGAUGUACAUCGACCGCCUGAAGAUGCUCUUCCAGGAGAUGAGCGACGACCCCGAUGCUGCGGGCGACGAGCUGACCGCAGCUCAGCUUCAUUUCCAGCUGGCCAAGCCGAAAGAGUUCGUUGAGGGGUGCCUGCGGCUGAGGGGGUCGGCUACGCGUGUCGACGUUGCCUCGCUGAAGUGGGAGAUCCGCGGGGCGAAGAGAGGUGCCGAGAAGAGUGCGGAGUUCACUGCCAGGAAGCUCGAGGAGGUGGCAGAGGGCCUCGGGGACCUGAGGGCUUCACUCGGGCUUCCGCGAUAG